AAAGAACCCUCUAACCUCUGUUCCAUGGCCUCCCAUCUUGGAUUCCUUCUUUUAGCCUUCUGAUGGCUGUGUCUACUCCGCUCUCCUUCAACUGAGCAGCCUUCCUGGGAGGAUGCUACCAGUUCUGAUUCUCCUGAUCUUUCUUCUGCCAGUAGGAGAUGGAGCAGAGGAGGUCAUCGGGGGCCAUGAGGUCAAGCCCCACUCUCGCCCUUACAUGGCAUUAGUUGUGUUUCUGAAAGUUAAUGGGAUUGGAAGUUCCUGUGGCGGCUUCCUGGUUCAAGACUACUUUGUGCUGACGGCUGCUCACUGCAUUGGAAGCUCAAUGACAGUCACACUGGGGGCCCACAACCUCCGUGCACAGGAGGAGACUCAGCAGAUUAUUCCUGUGAAUAAAGCUCUUCCCCACCCAGACUAUAAUCCUCUGGAUCACACCAAUGACAUCAUGCUAUUAAAGCUGGAGAGUAAGGCCAAGGGGACUAGAGAUGUGAGGCCCCUCAAGUUGCCUGGGCCCAAAGACAAGGUGAAUCCAGGGGAUGUGUGCAGUGUGGCUGGCUGGGGGAAAACGUCCAUCAAUACCACUGAAGGAUCUGCUCUCUUAGAAGAGGCUGAAUUGAUCAUCCAGGAGAACAAGGAAUGCAAAAAACAAUUCCGUCACUAUUCCAAAAUCACAGAGAUUUGUGCUGGAGACCCAAACAAAAUAGAGGCUCCGUCCAAGGUGGGGAUCAAGCAAUUCACAGACAAAAUCCAGGGGUGACUCGGGGGGACCCCUCGUGUGUAACAACAAAGCUCAUGGAGUUUUGUCUUAUGUGAAAUCCAAGAAGAUCUCUUCAGGAGUCUUCACUAAGGUUGUGCACUUCCUGCCGUGGAUAAGCACAAACAUGAAGCUGCUCUAACAGGAGUUAAACCACCCGUGCCUUACCAGCCUGUCCGCCCUCAGGCAAGAACCACGUGGAGUGGGCAGCAAAGAAUGAAAAUUCACAAUAAAUAACCUCCAGAGUGCAUAGAGCUGAA